AUGGACGUGAGUUUUGAGACUGCUCGAUCGUUAGAAGGCAUACUCAUUACAGCAUUGAGUAUUAGCCAUAUGCAAACCGACACGAAAAGCUUCAAUGAUUUCCUACGCUUUGCGUCAAACGUACCAAAUCUGGCAGAUGAAGAUAGGGCUCUCAUUGUGUCUCUGCUGAAGCGAGCACAGCGGGAUCCCCCCGGAUCGAGUGAGCCACACUAUGUGAUGCGCUGUGUUGGCUCCAACUCCACCCAGAACCACACUGAAAAGUCGGCCAUCUUCCUCCGUCUUCCUUACUAUUCAACCCAGAAGAUGGAUACAACCCAAUCCUUUCGCAGGUCCGCCCAUUCCACGCGCAGCCUCCUGCAGUAUUUUUACAACCUGGAGUCUACCCGUAACCGCGACCUACAGCAGGUAAUUCGAAAGUCUGGGGCUUUCCCAAAGGGCCAUGUUGUUCAUGUAUCCGAAUUAUGGGCAGUGAUUGUCAAUUUCCAAUUCAUCAUUACCAGUGCACCCAUACCUCUUAUGGAUGGAGCGAGUCCCUCUUUGGAGAUCAUGAGCCCGCCAACGCCCCACUCAUCAUCGCCUUCCAAUAUUUGUGUCAUCAACCCCGACCAGCGUGUGUUCUUCUUUCCCGUGGAGCACUGCAAGACAUUUUUUGUAUGGCAUCUUUAUGACUACCACAGGUAUGAAGACCGGAGGUAUGAAGGACGUGGCUAUGGAGCCCACGGGUAUGGAGGCCACAGGCGUGAGGGCCUCCGCGAUUUUAAAAUGUUUACUCAGGACAAUGUUCAGAUCAACGCAGAGGAUUGGACCAAACUGACAGCCUCAUGCGCAUCCACGCUUCUCCGUAUCCACAUCGAGACCUUCAUACCGGAGACCUCAGAGGAGCGCCGAGGUAAAGCGAAAGAAGAGAAAGAGAAAGAACGGAGGAUGCCGGUUUAUGAUGAGGAAUCUUCUAAAGCAUGGGGAAAUGAACAGAGACCAUCUGAGACAGAUAAAAAGGUUCAGUCUGAGAAAUAUCAUGGUUCGUCCGAGACAGAUGAACUGGUUCAACCAGCGGCAGGUGAAGGUGAACGAAGUCCGCAUGAGACGGAAGAAUUCACCAAGGAUUCCGAGGCGGAUUGGGGCUACAGAUAUAAGAAUCUAGAUGAGGCUCGCUACACCGGAGCAAGGCAUCGCGUGCGACGGAGCACGAGAGUGGAAUACCCCCCACUUUCCCCCGGCAUAGUGAUCAACCAAAGACCUGGUAACGACAUACCCGCUGCUUCGAACAUCUACUUCGAACCAACCAAGCCCGUCCUCUCUUGGGAUAAUGAGUCUGUUGAUCAAGAUAUCCUUCCCAAGGCACCAAAUGAAGAGCAGGUUGAUCAUGACCAUCGUUCCACGGUAUCCGAAGCCUUACCCGGAAGUUCAUCUGCCUCCCAGACCUCUUCACCUGCUCAUCAACCCACUGUCAACUUGGAAUUCCCGCCAGUCUUUACUUGGCAGACAAAGAAAAAGCUUUCGACGGAAGAAAUCGCGAUCUCAAAACCAAACAACGCUCUCGAUAAUCCCAGCCCGGAUCAUCCAAAGUCGAAUGUUCAGCCUCAAAAUGAGUCACCCGACGUUUUAAGCGUAGACGAAGAAACAAUAAAGCACGCCUCGGCGCAUAUCAAUAAUGAGCUCCUCGAGCCUACUGAUGGAGAUAGUUGGGAAAUCUAUAGACAAGCGACGACAAAAUCCUACUUUGAUGUGGACCGGGCCAUCACACAAAGAUAUGGCGUUUCUCUUCCUACAUUGAUGGCGGAACCUGUUGAAAAUGCCCCUGGAUCACUUUGGUCAGACACGGCGGUCUUGAAAGUCGUUGUCGGUAGGCUGUGUCGACUAUUCAACUUCUUUGCCCCGCUUUCAUAUCCAUGUGCUGUCAGCGGCAAGUUCUGGGGAGCAGUUCAUGAUAUUCUGACUACCAUCCCCCAAUAUUGGGACACCUCUUACGCGCAGGAACUGGCCAACCGAACGCGCCAUCAACGGAUGCCGGGGACCUUCUUUAUAGCCAACCUCGGCCGGGCUGGUUACGCCGACCUGCAAGACGAGGUCUAUCGGGACGAACUGACUUUCAGAGUCGGGGACUGCCAAAAAUGCAAUAUAUCUCGUCAAUACUCCACCCGGUCGGAUGCCCUCGACCAUCUGUUUACACACCUUUCCGCUGCUUUCCCCGAAGACCGCUCCGUGAGCAGCUCGUUGUCCCGGUGGGUGAUGAAUUUUGAAGAGUAUCUGACAUAUACAUGUCGGAGAGAUGACCGGAUGAUACUUAGAGAGCUGGAAGACUUUCUGGCAAACUUGGAAAUGAUGGCGGCUCAGAUCCAGCACGGGGUCUCAGCUAAUGGAGAGUUUGACCGGGAGACGUACCGCAUCCCAUCGAGCUUGGUCGACGCCUUUCAGGAUCUCCUGAUGAUGGUCGUGACCAGCGCACAUCUCGUCAAGGCCUGUCAUAAGAAGCGAGAAACUUACACAGGUUCCGAUCCGCUGCAGACCUUCUUGAUGCCAUCAGACUUGGACGGGGUCACGGAUGCUGGGACGGAGUCGGAGAUGUCUAUGGAAAGUGCCAUGAGAGACAUCGUUUUAAUGACCUAUACCGACGAGCUAUCCGAUGUCGUGACCUACGAAGCCGUAGGUCCCGGAUUAGUGCUCGCCCUUAUUAUGGGGGACGUCCGCUGCAGAGACUCGCAAAGCAAUCCGGUCAACUUGCUCGAGAUCUAUCGUGAAUACGUCCGAAAUCUGCAAUUCAAAGCGAGCCAAAAUCCCCACCGACGCCUACUCCAGGAAAUCUAUCUCGUCCGCGAGGAGCUAGAAAUAAUCCAGAAGGCCUCCGAGAGACAGCGUCUUGUUCUCGCAAACUACCUAAACGUGAUAAACCCCCAUUCUUUCCGCAUCACCACCGAGUCCCGGGUCUCCUCAUUCGAGCUCGAGAAAACACGGUUAAACAAGCUCAUCGGCCAGGUCAACGCCGAGCUCGGCGCAAUCUCACUCCUCAACAUAAAGCUCGACUCAUUGGCCAGCCAGACACGUAGCGGGGUAGACGUGCGACAGGAAGACCAAGGAAAGGCCAUCCUUGUCUUCACCAUCGUGACUGUGGUAUUUAUGCCGUUAUCAUUCGUGACUAGCUAUCUCGGCAUGAACACCACGGACAUCCGCAAUACGAACAGGUCGCAGACGCUGUUUUGGGCCAUCUCUGCUCCGCUGACACUGGGGAUUAUUACGAUCGUCUUGCUGGUUGCGUUUCAGGUCGAUCGGAUUCGAGAGGCUUUUGACGCUUUUUGGACUUAUGAUUCUGCGCUGGCGGCGAAAUCUGGCUCGGCUGUUUUGCGUGGGGACGGGUCGAAAGGUCACGUUCAAGGGUCAUCUAGAUUGUUAACGAAGAAUUGGAUUACAAGUGGCUGGCCUGCGGGAAGGAAGACAGGACUGGACGACUCAAUGGGCGUUUAG